AUGGCUUCGAAGUCAAGGUCGACAGUCGCUGACGGCAAUCAUUCCUAUCCGCCCUUCUAUGCUUGCUACCUCCUCAAGUCGCUGGCCACCCCAAACUCACAGCGAACUUACGUGCGUCACCUUCCCGGGCAACACAAUGGAGAACUCACACAGGGAGCAUGGAAAACCUCACGCUUUCGCCCAUGGGAGGUUCAGAUGAUCGUGUUUGGCUUCCCCAGCAAGCUCACCGCGCUUCAGUUCGAAUGGGCAUGGCAGAACCCGGACAAGUCUCGACAUCUCCGCAAGGAGGAGCAGGGUGGCGACGAGGCCCAAUACAUGUUCAAACGAGAUACACGGCGGAACAGGGUGGAGCGGAAGGCUAUUGUUGCGGCCGCUCUCGUGAGGGCUUCGCCCUUCGUGCACCUCCCCCUCCAGAUCCGUUGCUUCUCAACAGCGACCUACGACAUCACUUCUUCCCUCGUGCGACUCCGAGAUUCGGACGUCCGCCUGGCGUGCGUAUCUGAGAAGGCUAAUCACGCUCUAGUGGAGCAAGUCGCCCACCUUCCUCCAGCCGACAGAAAUCUGGAAGUCACGCUUGACCUCGGAGGGCUGUCCAAUUCCGUCACGCCCAGCGAUGAGACCGGCGAAGCGUUCUUGGACCUUAACGAUGUCCAGUUUCGGACAGGCGAGGCUGUCGUGGGCAAGUGGGCACUUCUAAACGAGAUAAACAGCUCCUCACACUGCAAUCUCUGUAAGAGGGAGAUCUGCUACGAGGACCAACUCUCAUUUGCCAUCUGUCCCGCUCCCAUGCCCGAUCUGGGAGAGCCGUGUCUCCAUACAGCCCACCUCACAUGCCUGGCGAAACACAGGGCCCUGCCGCGAGGCAGUGGAGCAGACGAAAUUGUUCCGCGUCGCAUCAAGUGUCCUUCAUGUAACGUCAGCACUCCCUGGGGUGCAGUAGUGCGGUCCUGCUUCGGAAGGCGUGAUGCUGUCGGAACAUAAGCACGCACAUGAUUAUCAGCCUCCUCUAUACUAGCCGCGCUCCCCACUUUCGAUCGCAGACACUGCGCCAACAGCGAACAUGAACAAUUCUGUAUAAUAGGUUUCAACAUAGAACGAGGAGAUACAGGCGGGAUGCAAGGGAUGUGCGAUGUGCGAUG